AUGUCACACAGUGUUAUUGAAGAUCUUCUUGCGUUACAAGCGGCGGAGAUCGUACGGCUGCGUGCCCAACUCGAGGCUGAGAGGGCAGAGCACCAGCAUGGCAGGCAGUGCGCGUCUCUUAGGGAUCUUGAGCGUUUGCGCGAAGAGUUAGGGGUACAGAGGACAGCUACAAUUCCGUCGACAGAUGGGGGAGAUGCUGCCCUAGAGCGACUUGAGGAGAGCAAGGCCUUGGUAAAUAGCCUUCGCGCUGAUCUUGAUGCUGCACAGUGCACUAUUGUGGAGUUUAAGGAAGACAUUGAUCAAGCGAAGUUGAAUCUUCAGGCUGCUACGAUGCGUGAAAAGGAGCUGGAGGAGGAGAAUGCUGGAGUCUAUACGAUGCUUUCGGAGGAGAAAGAGAGAAACUCACAAUGUUGCGCGGGACUGUUAGCCGAGAAGGCAAUAGUAGAAGCCCGUUUAGAAGAGUCGGAAAUGCGUACGGGUGCAUUGCUUGACCAGAUAUCCCGCGAGCAAGACACGAUCUCUCGGCUCUCAGGCGAUACAAAUAUAUUAGAAAGAAGAGUUGACGAGCUCCAGACAUCGAACGAGACAGUAUGCGCACAACUUGUUGCGGAACAGGAGCAGUGUCGGCGGUAUCGUCAGGCGCUUGAAACAACAACCAGACAUGCAGAAGAAGCAAAAGCAUUAUUUUCCAAGAUGUGCAUGGGAACAGCUUUGUUGAACGGGUCGUCGACGAUAUCUGCGGAGAUCAUUAGAUCUGGGUCUACAAGUGGACAGGCGGUAAAUGCUGAGAACAUGGCUCCAAAUACUGUGAAUUCAUCUCCAGCUGGUUCUGUUGAGGUAGCCUUGAAUGGUAGCAUGCAAGGCACAGAAAACGAUACGGAAGGACUUGGGCAAUCCGAAGCUGCCCGCCACGUCUCCAAUAAUCAGGAGUCGCUAGACACAUACGUUAUCGUAACUAACGCGGAGUUGUUGGAGCCAUCGGCAGAGCCUGAGUCUAUGGACGCACAUGCAACAGCCUCCAGUAUACAGGAUGCGACUGUGGUGACGCUGGACACCCAGGCACAGCCAAACCAUGAAGACCCAUACAAACCCGAGAUGGCUUGUCAGAGAAUAGAAGAUAUCUUUGGGUCAUUUGCAUUGCGGGGAUUGACACAUGCCCAGCUGUUACAAGCCGUGUAA